CCUGCCUCUGUCAGCUCGCUCGGGGAAACAAGGCUAGACACAGAGUAAGCAGCAGUAACGGCAGCAGCUGUCUUCACACUGACUCGGAGACGUGCUGUGCCUACCAGAGGGGAGUACUUCUAUCAACAAGCCAAUAGCUCCAACAGGAAUUUUUCAUUAGUUGUUAGGCAAGGAAGCGGGGAGGUGGGGGAAGCUGAUGUCAUUAGCAGGGGUGUGCGAGUGCAUCAGCAGCCAUGUCACAUGCUGCUAGGUGGGUCAGUGAUGCGGACGGAGAUGCAUGGCAGUUGCACAGGGCACAGAGGCAGCAGGUUAGCUCCGCCGUCAGCCAGGAGUCGGACCUGGCUGCAGUGGGCAGCAGGAGGAUGCUUUUCCCAAACUGCGAUGCCAUGCCUGGCUCUCAGGAGAUGUCGUUAUCCAGGAACCCGUCGGGUGUCGCAGACCUGGGCCUGGGUCUUCAGUCUCUCCGUCUGUCUGGCUGGGACAAACCUUGGAGCAGCCAGGAGGCAGAUACACACACCUCCCCAUCUCACAUUCAAACCAGCUCACCCUCCAUGUUGGGUCUACUGAACAGUCCCUUCAGUGGCCUCCUUGGAAAGCCCCCAGGCUACCUGCCCCCCGAUUCCAUGAGCAUGACGGCUGACUUUCUGGAGAAGUUUCCCGGUGUUGCUCGCAUGGCAAACCGUCUAGACUCGUGCUCCUUUUUGGACUCUCGCUCCAGCAGUCCUGAAGACUCGGAGACCAGUGGAUUCAGCUCUGGCUCGGAUCACCUGUGUGACAUGUUGGUAAGGCAGAUUACUUUUAUUCUCCAGCUUUGUGUUGGAUUGGUGGAAGGUGAAUAUCUCAAACUCCAAUCAACCCUUUUACUGUAGCAUCCAAAUCUACAGGGUGUGGCUGAAAAGAUGGGCUUAGAGUGUGAUUUGUGUGCAUGAACUUCACUUUCAUUUCU